AUGCAGGAGGAUGAAACAUACACCUCUCUUCAGUGGGAUACUCCAACAUCAAACCCUUAUCAGAAACAUUUGUCUUCCACCAAAAAUUCAGGAGUAUGGUGUCUUGUGACAGUGAUCUUAUGUAUUUUCUGCAUUGGCUCAUUAGCAACCUCCAUUUUCUUGGGCAUCAAAUUGUUUCAGAUGUCCACUACUAUAAUGAAGCAGCAAGAAAAACUCAUCCAACAGGAGAGAGCACUGCUCAACUUCACAGAGUGGAAGAGAAGCCCCAAUCUACAGAUGACAUAUUGCCAAACCUUAAUGCAGAAUUCUUUCAGUUCAGCCUGUAACUGCAGCCCUUGUCCAAGCAACUGGAUUCAGAAUGGAGAAAGUUGUUACUAUGUCUUUGAAAGCUGGAAAUUUUGGCACACUAGUAGAGAGGAUUGUUGGAAGAAGGGCUCUGAUCUUCUGCAAAUAGAGAGCAAAGAAGAAAUGAACUUUAUCAUGGGCAGCCUGAAGAAGAUCAAAAGAAACUAUGAUUACUGGGUAGGACUGUCACAGUAUGGGCCCGACCAACCUUGGCUUUGGCAGGAUGGCUCCUCUCCUUCCGCUGACCUGUUGCCAAGACAGAGAUCCCAGUCAACUAAUCAGGUCUGUGGAUACCUCAGAGACAACGACCUUUCUUCUGCAAACUGCAGCAUUUGGAAAUAUUUCAUCUGUGAGAAGUACGCACUAAGAUCUUACACCUGA